AUGGUCCAAUAUCCUCUCACACACACUCUCUCUUCCCCCUUUUUUUACGCUUUCUUUUGCUCUCUUUCUCUCUCUCUCUUUUUCCUUCUUUCUCUCUCCCCACCUCUCUAUCUCUCCAUCCCACUGUCUUCUCGGAAGCCAAUUCGACAAAUCGCUCGUCAAAACGAGCGUCGUGACAGUGGCGGCCAUUUUAUAAAUAUUUUUCUUUCUUCAUUUCUUUCUCACCAAAAUAUCUAUCCUUUUUUUUCUUCUGUACUUACUUAUUUCUUUCUUUCACUUUUUCUUUCUUAUCCAAAUAUAUCUCCAUUUUAUCUACGUUUCUCUUUCUUUCUUAUCCAAAUAUAUUUCCUGCUUAUCUCCUUUUCUUUUUCUUUCUUUCUUAUUCAAAUACAUUUGCUUUUUAUCUAUCUUAUUCUUUCUUAUCUAAAUAUAUUUCCUUUUCAUCUACCUUCCUUUUUCUUUCUUUCUUUCUUUCAUAAAUAUCUUUUUUCUUGCUAUCUAACGUAUCUUUCUUUAAAAAAUAUCUUUCUAUUUUUAACAAAUAUCUCCACUUCUUUCUUUUUUAUCUAA